AUGUCGCGAGGCCAAUUACAAUUAUGCUCAUUAUUUGAUCAGAGAGUACAUAUCAUCAACGAAACACUCUACUUUGUCGGUGGCUCUUAUCUCGAUAGCAGCGACAUCAAACCUUCGAGUGUCCGAAAAAUCAACAAAAUCAACCUCAGCUCUGAAUUUCAAGUUGAUGGCCUCAUAGAUCAAACGAAUAUUGUGACUGAAAACGCACCAGACGAAGUAACAGACAAGGAUAUAACGAACGGAGGCAGAUUUUUCUACGAUGACACGAAUCUCUGGGCCUUCUCGUCGGUUGCGAGAGGAGAUGAUAUUCCUACCCAGGUGGAUCAAACGGAUAGGAUGUAUCGCUACGAUACAAUCGAAGAUAAAUGGAGUCUUGAUAAAAUAGAGGGCGGAGAAUACCAAUGGUUUAAUAAUACUAAUGGGUUCUAUGCGGCUGCCCCGGAUGGUAGAAACUGGUAUGGCGGCGGAUUAGGAAUUGGGACGUGGGGUCGGAGACCCGGUUUGGUAUUCUUCGAAGGGAACUCAUCGAACCCGAAAUGGAGCUUCAUCAGAGAAACCGAUGAUUUAAAUUCCAUUCCAACACCCUCAACUGCCGGCGGUUCUUCAGUAUUUUUGCCGAUUGGAGAGGAGGGAAUUAUAGUGCUACUUGGCGGGUGGGAUACAACCAAAAGAGGCCGUCAGUUUGCUCCAACUGGUGGUUUUAAUAUUGACUGGGAUCUGAGGCCACUCUCCGAUAUCUUCGUCUAUGAUAUUGCCCAGAACUUCUGGACUCUUGUGCCCGCCAAAGGAGGCCUACCUGAAAUGCGUGCAGAAUUUUGCUUGGUCGUUAACAGCGCGCCCGAUGGGUCAUACUAUAAUAUCGUUUUAUACGGAGGCUGGAGCCAGCUCCGAGGAGCAGCCUUCGCCGAUGUUUGGGUUUUAUCGUUACCAUCCUUUCGAUGGAUCAAAGUGGAAGAUGAAAAUAAUCCCGACACUAGACCAUUCAGGAACAAUCUCGAUAAUCCACGGGUUGGAGGUAUUGGACGAACACGGCACCGCUGUAAUAUGUUUAAAAACACACAAAUGAUUGUGACAGGGGGUAUCGUAUCGCAAUACUACGAUAUCAAACUAAAUAUCGACGCUUGUAACUCAUCUCAUCCUCCUUUUAUGGUAAUGGACACGAGUACUUUUGUGUGGAAAGCGUCUAUAAUACCUGACGAGCAGGAUUAUACUGUCCCAAGAUUUAUAAGGAGUGCUGUUCGAGGCCGUGAUUCUCCCGAUGGUGGUUGGCCAAAUGAUCGCCUGGGUCAAAUAUUUUCUGCGGCUAUUACUUCUGCCACAGCUACUCCUUCGACCACCUCACUCCCGCCUGACUCAACGAAUACGGCUUCCUCAGACAAUAGUACUAGUGGCUUAUCGAGAGGUGGAAUAGUGGGUAUUGCUGUUGGAGGCGUAGUAAUAUUGGCCCUCCUCGUCGCUGGAUUCAUAAUUCUACGACGUCGGCGGAAAGGAAUGGAACCAAUACCUCCAGGCCCGUAUGAUUAUCUUGCGGGCGCCAGGCCCCAACUUGGCCCAAAGCUGAAUUAG